AUGCGCACUGAGCCAUACGCAAAAAAAGUCGUCCGCCCGAUAUCGAAACGCCACAUCGCUCCCGCCCGCAUCCCCCAACUACCCACCCCAAGUCACAUCACCGACAGGCCCAACGACUCCAUCGCCCUCGAUCCCGAUCCUCUUACGCAAGGCACCGUGGCGGCGCUUACAAUCCUCGACCAGCCCGAGACGCCGGAGCUGUCCCUGCAGCAGCAUCUCGACCUCGCGCCCGAUCUGGUGGGCUACGGUAGCCAACUCGUCACGGGGGACGAUCCCCAGUCCUUGAUGAUGGCACAGCCGGUGCCUCAUCAGGACAAGAAGCGCGUCAAGGUCUAUGAGCUGCGCAACAAUGACUGGUUUGAUCGCGGAACGGGCUUCUGCACCGCCAAGUUUGCGACGACCGAGGAUGGCAACAAAGAUCCAAAAGUCAUUGUAGAGUCCGAAGACCAACCUGAGCGACUUCUUCUGGAGACAACGAUCCAAAAACAAGAUGGAUUUCAAAAGCAACAAGAAACGCUCAUUGUAUGGCAGGAGCCAGGAAGUGGUGUCGAUAUGGCCCUGAGUUUCCAAGAGGCCGAGGGGUGUGCCAUGAUCUGGCGCUUUGUCAAUUCCGUUCAGCAGCAGUUCCAGCAGAAUGCUGGUGUAGACGACAAUUUGUCCGAUGAUCUCGCUAUUGAAACGCUUGCGCCCGUUAACCUUCCCACUGCUGAGCUGGGCAACCUGGUGGAAAUCGAGACUAGCAUUAGGGUUAUGAGCGCUACUGCUACCGGCCGUGAAGCUGUUACGAAGUUCAUCGUGGCCGAUGACUAUAUCAGCAAGCUUAUCCCUCUGGUAGAGAUCGCCGAAGACUUGGAGAGCCUCCCCGACCUGCAUCGCUUGUGCAACAUCAUGAAGAGCAUCCUGCUCCUCAAUGAUACAUCUAUUAUUGAGCACGCCGUAUCCGAUGAGUGCCUCCUGGGAGUUGUCGGUGCUCUGGAAUACGACCCCGACUUCCCCAGCCACAAGGCCAACCAUCGACACUGGCUCAGCAACCAAGGACAUUACAAAGAAGUUGUCCCCAUCAAUGACGAUAUAGUCCGCCGCAAGAUCCACCAGACAUAUCGCCUUCAAUACCUCAAGGAUGUUGUUCUGGCCAGAAUCCUUGAUGACCCUACCUUCUCUGUGCUCAGCUCCCUCAUAUUCUUCAACCAAGUUGAAAUCGUCCAGCACCUACAGACAAACCCAACAUUCCUCAUGAACCUCUUUGGCAUCUUUUCUGCCCACUACCCCGACACAAGGAAGCGGAAGGAGGCUGUCUUGUUUAUCCAGCAAUGCUGCGCAAUUGCCAAGACUAUCCAAGCCCCUGCGCGUCAAUCCCUGUACAUCAACUUCCUUAACCAUGGCCUGCUCCGCGUCAUCUACUAUGGCCUAAGACAUGUUGACGUCGCCGUGCGCGUUGGGGCCACGGACAUUUUGAUAUCUAUCAUUGACCAUGACCCAACGCUUAUCCGUCAAACCAUUUUUCGACAGAUGCACGAAGGAACCUCAUCACUAUUGGAUUCCCUCAUCGAUCUUCUUCUGGUCGAAGUUGACUUGGGAGUCAAGACACAAAUUUCAGAUGCUCUCAGAGUCAUUCUGGACCAGGGAGGAGGCCCAGCAGCGCAAGCCGCCGAAUUGGCUGCCAGGGCAAGGAUGCAAAUGCCUAUUGAUCCUCAGCAUGAGCACUUCCUAACCCGCUUCUACGAGUCCUCCGCUCUCAAGCUGUUCAGGCCUCUUAUCGAGCUAGACACCCGUUCUCAUCUGGACUUUACUGUUCAGGAGGCUGCCAUGUUCUCAUGCCUGGUGGAAGUGCUCGGCUUCUUUAUCCGCCAACACCAUCGGUUCAGCAGAUACUUUUUCAUCAUGCACAACCUUGCCGCACGCAUCGUCCAGCUUCUCAAGUGUCGGGACAAAUACCUGCAGCUGGUUUCGAUUCGAUUCUUCCGACUAAUUGUUGGCCUCCAGGAGGAGCUGUAUGUCAAGAAUCUAAUCGAGAACGACGUCUUGGGUCCUAUUCUCGAGGUUUUGGUAGAGACUGUGCCGCGAGACAAUCUUGUCAGUGCAGCUUGCACCGAACUCUUUGACUUUGUCAAGAAGGAGUACCUGAGAGACAUGGUCAAGCAACUUGUGGCUGACCAUCGGGAGAACUUGCUUCUCGUUAGCCACAUACCGCCUUGUCAAGACCUGAUCACGCGCUAUGACCAGACUGAGGGCUACACAACCAACAUGGACUACUUCGCCGAUACAGAUGACGAUGUGACGAGGAGACCGCCCAACGUCAGAAUGAUGGAGCACCUACCCAUUGAUUUACGUGAAGAGGAGUACUGGGACGCUUCUGACCCUGAAGACGAAGGGGAAGAUCACAACUCAGGAGAUAGGUUAUCUGAGAACGGUGGGUCGUCUUCUGGGAAACCUCUAGUUGACUAUGCUUCGGAUGAGGAAGAUGGCGACGAUGGUCUAGACAACGAUACCGAUGACCAGUCCAAAGACGAUGGCGAUGAUAAUGCCGAUUUCAGCCCACGGUCCAACCUCUCGGCUAAUGUGCCGCCGCCCGAACGUCUCUCUGAAAAACGCAGACGAGAGGAAGACGAGGAAGACGAUGACGAGCUAGGCAAGCUGAUGCAUAGCAAGCGACGCAACAGUAGUUCUACGGAAUCCAACUCAUCAAUUACACCGGGCCUCACCCGAAGACGCAAGUCGAGCUUCACCAACGGGGGCAGUAACGUCACACCCAGGAAGAUUGCAAUUAGCCUGUCACCAGCUCUAAGGUCAGGCGGUCCCUCUCGAUCCGACGAUGACUCGUAA